CUACCUGGGAGAUGGCAGGUUCCACCUGGAGUCCAUCAUGAUUGCCAACCCAGAGAUACAUGCCUACAGGUACGACCCGUACAGUAAGAUAUUCUCCAGGGAGUACUAUGACCAUGAAGCCAUGCGGUCCAUCCGGCUCCAGGCCAUCGACAAGGCUCGCUCUGCCAAGAGAUGGGGCCUGAUCCUGGGCACGCUGGGCCGGCAGGGCAGCCCUAAGGUCAUGGAGCACUUGGAAUCCAAGCUUGAGUCUCUUGGCAAGUCCUUCACUCGAGUGCUGCUGUCUGAGAUUUUCCCCAGCAAGCUGGACCUGAUGGCAGAAGUGGAUGCGUGGGUCCAGAUCGCUUGCCCGCGUCUCUCCAUUGAUUGGGGCACAGCCUUCUCCAAACCCCUGCUGUCUCCCUAUGAGGCAGCUGUGGCUCUGCAGCAGGUGGGCUGGCAGGAGGUGUACCCCAUGGAUUUCUACUCCAAUCAGAGCCUGGGGCCAUGGGCGCCCAACCACCCCGACAACCAACCAGCUCGGCCCACCCGCAAACAGACACAGAAGACUGGCUCACAGCCAGCCCCUACCUCCACUCCCUCACAGCAGUCUAAACUGUGUGGACAGAACCAGUGCGCCCCUUUUGGCUGUCAGGGAGAAUGACAUGUACACCUCCACUGCUGGCUGCCAACCAGCUCUUAUCAUGGCUAUCUGUUGGAGCUCAGGAGGGCUUUCACUCUGAGCCCUGCUCAACACCUCACCUCCCCCAGGAGACAGAGAGCAGGACAGAGAACCAGAGACACUUCACCUCAGAUACCCCUCCAUUAUAUUUACUGUCCUGAUGGAAUGGACAUUACUGCAUCAAAGUUUGAGAGAGAGAGACAGAAGGAUAAUACAGAAGUAUAUUUUAUAUUUUAACCAACAUGUCUACCAAUCAGUAGCAGUUAGAAGUGUGUGUCAGACAGGAGCUGUGGCCUAGGCUGGUUCCCUGAGUACAUCUCCCUAGGUUAUCAACCACAGUCUCUUUGAUGUCACACGUAUGGCACCCCUCUGAUGUCACAAGCCCCCCCCCGACAAGGCCUGCUGUGCUGCAGCUUCUACUCAGAUCAGUCACACCCGCAUCUCAUUCGAAUCACAAGCAAAGGUGCUAGAUACUGCUGGUCCCACCAGAUGCCCAGGUCCUCAAUGUUGUAUUGGGUAACGUGCUACGUCACUGUAUAUAAUAUCACAUUACGCCAUGCUCGACACCUCAGCGUUUUCCUCACAAGGCUAGCUAGUGAGUUAUAAAGGUGUUUGUUUGCUGGCUGUUGUCUUGUUGGUUUGAAUAGAAGCAUUGGAAAACAGAGUUCUUUCAGUUGAGGUAUAAUUGACAUAUUGGGAGGCGGGGAUUUGUCAGGAGAUUGCAUUCAACAGCUAAAUAAAGAAUCUUCACUCCCUAAUGCUUGUAGGAUCUGCAGAGAAAAUAUCCAACUUAAGCUGAGUAAACUCUUGUGGAUUGCAAAGCCAAACUCUGAAUAUCCUCUCUAGUGUCUCUCUUCGCUGUUUACUUCUUUAUUGUCCAGUGUCUGGAUCCUUACCCACAGAGAAUCCCUACCUACAUCUUUGAAAACAUAAACACUAUAGCACUGUACCUUACCACAACCCUGGGAUAUGUUUAUUAAGCACAGGCAGGGAAUAAUGUUUUUAAAUGGAGACAGAAAUGAGCAUGCUAAAUCAAUAUGUCUAGGUAGUACUUCUUCUGUUUCAAACAAUUUGCUUUUGUUUCUUGGUAACUGAAGUAACCCAAGUAUUUGCAACACCUCCGCUCUCAGACUUGCCUUCCACAGAGACUCUGAUCCAAUGCACAUAUAUGGCCAAAUGCAGAAAAACAUGUUAUGUGAGAAAAGUCUCCCCAUAUGAUCUGUGGUGUAUUGUGUCAGACUUAUUGCACCACUGGUUCAUUGGACCAGAGAUGUAGUGGGAGGCAGUGGCCACUAGAUGGAGAAAUCUGCAUAGCCAGUGUGUUUUAGCCCCACUCUGAUAGUGCUGCUAAAUCACCAGAGCUCAUGGGGGAUUGAUUUAUCAGUGUUUUGUAUGGCAGUGUAGUGGGUGAGUGUGCUUGGGGGUGUCCUUCCAAGAACCCUGUGUGCUUUUUGUAUUCAAUGUGUGUAAUUGUUUCCAGAUGUUUGGGGAAUGUGACUCCACUCUCUUCCAUCUCCCUUGGCAUCCCUCCCCCUCUCUCUCCAAAUGUUUUUGCCAUCAUGUUUCUUCUGCCAGCAGCUCCCCGUUUCCUGUCCCUAGGGCAGGAUUGGCCAGGGUGGGGUUAUAGAGGGGUUAUGACUGCUUUUGACUGCUUAUGAGCUUCCUGUGCACAUGUGUCACGUGACUAAGUCAUUUCAGUUGAAUGCAUUCAGUUGUACAACUGACUAGGUAUUUCCCUUUCCUUUCUCAAAGACAACAGGUGUCAUGGAUCACAUAGGGUUUGACUACUAUCAGUUUGCGUUAUACGGUCAGCUGGUGUUUAUUGUAGCCUCAGACCCUAUGUUGGUCACCCAAAACCAUUAUAUGGUGAUAAAACCUUCUGCAAUAUUGAUAUCCCACAAAUACUAUAAAACAAUUGAGAACUCUUAAGAUAUGUGUUAAUAUAUAGGGCAUAGUGUAUCGCAGGAGGUUGGUGGGACCUUAAUUGGGGAGAACGGGUUCAGGGUAACAGCUGGAGCGGCAUCAGUGGAAUGGUAUCAAAUAUAUCAAACACAUGGUUUCUAUGUGUUUCAUGCCAUUCCAUUUGCUCUGUUCCAGCCAUUAUUAUGAGCCGUCCUCCCUUCAGCAGCCUCCGCUGUAGUAUAUCUUCAAUAGCACUUUUGUAAAACCCAAAGAUGUGUCGCACCAACUGAUUGCUUACUUUCAGACUCCUAGUAUGUGUUUGUUUGUUUGUUUUUCUGGUCCAGAGAAGGCUCCUCAGAGGAGGAAGGGGAGGACCAUUCUCCUCAGUGAAUUUCCAUGCAAAUAAAAUUGUUAAACAUUUAAAAAGUGAUCCUUUUCAGAUAAAACUGUAUUAAAUAUAUUCACGUCACC